AUGAAAAUUUCAAUUGUUAUACUAUUAACAUUUUUAUAUUCAAUUGUAACAUGUGGGCUAACAAAUGAACAAUUAUUGAAAACGGUGAAACAAUCCAAACGUAAAUUAUUACCACUAAAUGAUGAAAAUUUUGAAAAUAUCUUGAACGGUAAAAGAGAUUAUCAUAUUAUAGCAUUUUUAACAAGUGAAUCAUCACAAAUCAAUUGUGUAUUAUGUCGUGAAAUAGCACCUGAAUUUGAAAUCAUAGCAGAUUCUUGGUUUAAAGAUCAUCCAGAUGGUAUAGAGACAAAAGAAGAAGGUAAAAAAUCACAACCAAAAAACAUUUAUUUCUUUAAAUCUGAAUUUACUGAAUCUAAGAAAUUGUUCAGUAUGUUACAAUUAAAUAAUAUCCCCAAAAUUUUUUAUUUCAAUCCAACUGAUUCAAAAGCUGCUAAUAAUUUUAUUAGAGAAAAACAAGAAUAUCAAUUUUUUCAAGGUGAUCAUAAAUCAUUAAUGCUUAAUUGGAUUCAAGAUUUAACUGGACAAAAGAUCAACUUACAUAUUCCAAUAAAUCAAACUAAAUUAGUUGUUCACAUCCUAGUUGGUUUUUUUACAAUGUUUUUCAUCAAAAGAUAUAGAAAAUAUUUUUUUAUUGCAUUAAGUUCCAAAAUUACAUGGAGUAUAAUUUCAUUAAUUGUUGUAUUAUUAUUUACUACUGGAUAUAUGUUCAACAAGAUAAGAGGUAGUCCCUAUUUAAUUGAACAUCCAGAUGGCAGAACUGAAUAUUUCUUACCUGGGCAACAAUCUCAAUUAGGUAUUGAAACUCAAAUUAUGUCUUUUUUGUAUGGAAUUUUAAGUAUAUUGGUUGUUGUAUUAAUUAAAAGAGCACCUGAAAUUAAAAAUCAAUCUGUUAAUUUGGUGGCGGUUGUUGUUGUUAGUAGUUUGAUUUUUAUUUUAUUUAGUUUAUUAUUAUCGAUUUUUGGAUUGAAAGGUAUUGGGUUCCCAUAUAGAUUUAUAUCAUUUUUUUAG